AUGGCAGGAGACGCCGCUGCGCUGCCGCUCGUCGGUAAGAAGUUGAUGAGUAAGCUAGGUGGAAUGGCCAAUGAGAGUGCGGCGGCGGAAGUGUCGGACUUUGCGCGUCGGCAGAUGGAAAAAAUGGGCUGGUCAGCCGGUAAAGGGCUGGGCAAGAACGAGCAGGGCGUCAAGUCGCAUGUUAAAGUGAAGCGGCGUGAGGAGCUGCAAGGCGUCGGUGCAGAGAAGGAGGCGGUGAAGGAACAGGCGAACCAGUGGUGGUUUAAUGUAUACGACCGCAUGGCUAGCAAAAUUGUGAUCGACGCGUCGUCAGAUGAGGAAGGUGGGGACAAGAAAAAGAAAGAGAAGAAAAAGGAGAAGAAGAGAAAGCGGGACGAGAACACAUCAAAGAACGACAAGUUUCGCAUUCCCACGGACGAAGAACUUUUUGCUGCUACGGGUGGAAAGCUCUUUGGUCGUAGAGCGUACGGCUCCUGCAAGGGCAAGCUUAAGCGUGACGAGAUGCAGCUGAAGAAGUCUAAGAAGAAAGAUAAAGAUAGCGAGGAGCCUGUGACGACGAGCAGCGACACGAACGACGAGGACGAUAGAGAAAAACAGAGAAAAAGGGCUAAAAAAGAGGCCAGGAAACUGAAGAAGAUGGCGAAGAAAGAGAAAAGGAGCGUGGCAUAACGGUAGCGCCUACCGCUUCUGUUGUGGAUUUUAAAAUGACAUUUACUUUACAUGA